GUGGUGGGGUAGCUGCCCAUGUGGGGGGGGGGGCAUCCAACUCAGGUUUUGCCCAGGGCUGAGCCUAGGUAUGCCUUUGCCCCCUUUGUUGAGGGGUGCUCGCGAGGGAACCUGUUACUAAAAUUUUUGGAUCCCACCACUGGUCUGGAUUAAUAUUUCCCCCCUUCAUUUGUCUUGUUAGUCUUAAAUAAAUUUUCUCAACAAAUUAGGAUCUGACAAGCAUAGUAGAAAAAAGUGUGAGGAAAUUAUGAUUACCUUUCUGGAGCAUAACUCACAAAACCAGAGCAAAUUCUAAAUCUGUCUUCCUAUACUGAAUCUUGAAUAACAUAGAUUUGAUUUUAUAGAUAAGAAUAAGAAAUAAGGUAUGUGAAGUUUGUGUGUGUGUGUGUGUGUGUGUUACAAUUUACAUUGUUACACAAGAGGUUAAAUAAAAUUAAUAUUCAGGGCUGAAUUCUGGCUCAAAUGAAGCCCUGAUGAAGGGGCCAGAAUCCUGUGCCACACAGAGAAGAGUUACAGAAAAUAUAUUGAUAUAAAGAUUACACACGUACACCUUCAGUUUCCCUUCCUGUUUUAGUGCUCUUUUUCUGUCCUCAUAGGCCUGCACAAUGGUGACUCCAGCAGGCGUUCUUCUCUUUGUGCUGACAGUGCCUGCCUCUUGUGAUGAUACAGUAGCUGACGACAUUGGGCUACACAUGAUGGGGCGUAUAUCAGAACUUCUGUCUCCAGAAGAAUGCCAGGCCUUCUAUGUUCAGAUCACUGGCCCUGAUCAGGAUGUGGAAGAAGAGCUGAACAGGCUCUUGGAGAGUAAGAACCCCAUCCGUACCCGACGGCGGCGAGACAUCACCAGCGUCAAGGAGUGCAAAGAGACCCUGAGCCAGUGGCUACAAACAGAAGGAGACACCAUGUACUGGGACCGUUUGUCUCGAGCUAUCCAGCAAAUUGGGCGCUCUGAUGUUUCAAAGGAGCUGGGCAAGAACCUCAAUCAGGACAAGAACCUGGAGAUCAAGAAGAACGUGGAGGACUAUCACAAGACAGUCAAACAUCUCACCUCCUCUUUGCUCUUGGAAGAGACAGAAGAGAAAGGUGAACAGGGCCGGCUGCGGAGAGACAGAGGCUGGUCCCAGAAUCAAGUCAAGGCAACGGCAUGGGAAGAUUUGGAACUUAUCAUUGAGAAAAAGCCGCUGAAGCCAUACAACCGGAGUCUCUUUGGAUGGAUCAUCCCACUGACUACUGGCGUUGCUGCAGGAUUUCUAACCUCCUUCAUUGUAGUGGUUCUAUUUUUCUAUACUUUUUUCUGGAUCUUGAACCAAGGAAACCUGGACCACACUCAGCCCAGCUAUGACUCCCUGCGUAAGCUGAAUUUACCUUCAUCCAGAUGCGGUGGUAUCUAUUAUACAUACCAGUGGCUUGAUAAAAAGGGGGAAGCGGAUAGUGAGACAGAGGAAGAGGAGGAUAGUUUGGUAAAAGAGAUAAAGCAGCUGUAA